CUUCUCCAGACAGCCACGGUGAGUACUUCUGCGUUUGCCCUCUUGGCUCACCGACGUGUUGGCAAGAGCUAUAAGUACGCGCGAAACGUGCCUUCCAACUCGUCUUAUUUUUGUAUUCGCUCUGAGAUCCUGGAAGUCAACCUCCAGGUCUCUCAUCCUCCUCUUCUAUCUUCUGAUCCCAUCAUCUGUCUUUCGUGGUGUGCCCAUCAUGGCUUCCAGAGUGCUGCGUGAUGUCACCAACUACAAGCGGUCUCAAUUGGCCGACCGUCGCAAGACCUUCGAGGAACGCAAGGCUGCACUUCUCGUUGUAGCAAAGGCCAGCAACGACCCCAUUUCGACACUCGCCGAUGGCUUGAAGAAGCUCGGCCUCAAGUCGACAACUGCUACUACUCAAUACGGCGGUUUCUCUCUCUCCAAUCUCAGGAGUAUGCUCAAGCAAGCCACUUUCGAUGCAUCCAUCCCUUCAGCUCUUCCAUCGGCUUGGCGGGCAGAUCUGGAACGUCUCCUCGAUAUCCAGUCCAACAAGUAUGAAUACACCGACCUCUUCUCACGUCUCGCCACAGAAUGGGUCGACAAGCCCAAUGACGCCAAUAUCCUUCUCGACACCCGUUUCGGAGGCGACAGCACCGCAGACUCCUCGGAUACCGAGAGCUUUGAGUCAGUGCAGGUGGGUCGCGACGAGAUGUAUCGUCAACGCCAGGAGUGGGACUCUUUCGUCUUCACCGAGCGUCAAACAGACACAGAUGCCAUCGAGGCAUACCUCACCAAUCUCUUCGUUGAGCCCCAGCCGAAGAAGAAAGUUCGAGAGACUGCGUUUGAAAGCUUGCAUAGACAAUUCAGAGAUUGGACCAUGGAGGACAGAGAGUGCUCCAGCCAGGAUGUUGAACUGGCCAUCAAGUCUGUCCUCAAGGCUGACCUUCUCAGUGGUCGCAAGAGAGACGAGCUCAUUGCGCUUGGCGAUGCUGGCAAAGGCGUGCUUGCAGAGAUUGCUGAUGUCAUCAACAUGGAGAUUGCGAACCUUGGUGAUUGGUCCUGGAAGCCCUCGCCUACCCCUGCUCAGAUGAGGAAGCAGCUCAAUGGAAAGUACAGAGUGUACAUGGACCCGGAGAUUCAUCAAGCUCUACUUCUGCAGUAUCUCGGUACUCACCUCGCAGUUCACACAAAGACUGUCUUCAAGACAUUCUUCCGCUCUCGCGCAUGGCCGAAGUCAGCUCACACCGCCAUGACCUCUCAGGAUCGUGCUCGUCAUGAAUUCUAUCUAGGACGCAAGAAGCUCAGUUUCCAGGAUUCGCUUCUCUUUGCCCGCCGAGAGCAGUUCAAGGACGAUUUCUUCUUGACACAACUUCCUGAAACCGUCUCGGAGGGCAACCGUGAUUACAACGGCUCUGACGACUCGCACGACGAAGACUCUGACAAGAAGUCUCCUCUCGAGAUCAAGCAAACCCUUCUCCGCUUGGGCACCACCGAGCUCAUGGUCCAGAGAAAGAUCUACGGAAGCUUCACUCUGUGCCAAACUGACUUCAAGUGGUUUGGUCCCAGUCUCCCUCACAGCACCAUCUUCGCUGUCCUGAAGUUCUUAGGCUUCGAAGAAUCGCACAUUGAGUUCUUUAAGAAGUACCUUUCCAUGUCUCUUGUUUUUCCCCAAGACGGUCCCAAUGCGGAGCCUCGCACACGUCGUUGUGGUGUCCCUAUCAGUCAGACACUCAGUGAUAUGUUCGGCGAGACAGUUCUUGCUUGCCUCGACUUUGCUGUCAGCAAGGCUACCAGUGGCCGGUGCCAGCUCUACCGCUUCCACGACGAUGUUUGGUUCUGGGGUCAGAAGGCUGACUGUGAGGUCGCUUGGGAGGCUAUCAAGAAGUUCACCGAUGUUAUGGGUAUGGCCUUGAAUGAGGAGAAGACCGGCUCAGUUCAUGUGAGUGACAAUGGCGAGAAACCAUCGAGCACUCUCCCCAAGGGCGCUGUGAGAUGGGGAUUUCUCGUCCUGGACCCUGUCGAAGGACGCUGGGUUGUUGAUAUGGCCAAUGUCGACCUUCACAUUGCCGAGAUGCGUCUUCAGUUCGCUCAAUGUCGCUCGAUCUUCUCUUACGUCCAGGCCUGGAACAGCUACAUGGGUCGCUUCUUGGGCAACAACUUCGGCCAGCCUGCCAAUUGCUUGGGCCUUCAGCAUCUCGACAUGAUCUUCUCUACGUUCAAGUACAUCCAGAAGAAGCUCUUCGUCGACGACGACAACGUGACUGGCUGCGAGGACGUCACUUCUUACCUCAAGUCGGUCAUUGAAGAGCGCUUCGGAACUCAAGACAUUGCCAACGUCUUCCUGUACUGGCCUGUUGAGCUUGGUGGUCUUGAGCUCCGCAACCCUUUCAUCCCGCUGAUGACUGCUCGUGAGAACUCCGUCAAAGAGCCCAAGGACCUUCUCGAAGCUGCCUUCGAGCGAGAUGAGGAGGCGUACGAUGAGGCAAAGCGUGCAUUUGAGAAGGGUAGCAGCAGGACCAUUGCCGACGUGCCCAAGGGAUGCGAUGCCGAGACUUUCUUCUCCUUUGAAGACUUUGUCCGCUUCCGUGAAGAGACGUCUGCUCCGCUCAAGACUGCAUAUGAUGAUCUCUUGGACGGACCCGGCGUUAGCGGUCUAGAGUACACGCGCUUUGUCGAGUAUGCCCUCAAGUCUCUUCCUCUCGAAUACCGCCACUCCAAGCACAUCAAGCCCGAGUUCGUUGCUAUGGACGUCUACUGGCGCUGGACUGUGCAGCUCUACGGUGCUGAAGCCAUGGAGAGAUUCGGUGGACUUGGUCUGGGAGAGAAGGAGAUGUUGCCAGUCGAGCUGGUCAACCUGAUGAGAAGCGAGAGAGUGCGCUGGCAGGGAUGAAGAUGGAUGUGAUGAUCCUACAGGAACGAACAGCGUCGACGAGGAACGCACACUAACGACACCAACAAGUAUUUGAUAACGACAACAUGAUUAACGAAGGCAUUGGGAUAACAAAAGGCAUGAUGCCGAAGACAUAUGAAGCAUUACUAGAUACACAGACUUACAACAGCAUCAAUAAGAAAGUCUACCAUUAUUC